AUGUUUCCAAGAAUAAUUUUAAAGCGUAUAUUUAAGAAUGUAGCAAUAAUACCUCGAUAUAAUUCUACAGCAGCAAAACCAUUAGAACACUCUGAUAAUAAUGCGGAGAUUUUAAAGACCAAAUCUUCACCCUUGGACCACCCAGACUAUUUCCAAGUUCAUAGUUUAUUCAAUGUAAAGGAUUUAUUUGAUGCCAGAGUUCAUUUUGGACACAAAGAAGGCUCUCUGAAUGAGUUAAUGGCACCUUACCUGUAUGGUUCUAGACAGGGUCAUCUUAUAUUUGAUCUUGAUGUUACAGCUGAACAUCUUCGGAGAGCUCUUAACUUUACAGCACACAUUGCCUAUAGAGGUGGCAUUAUUUGCUUUUUUAAUAGGAAUGCCCUAAACGCUCACAUUGUUGAAAAAACUGCAUUAGAGUGUGGGGAAUAUGCUCACACAAGAUUUUGGAAAGGAGGUAUAUUUACAAAUGCAAAUCAUCAAUUUGGUGCCAUCACUAGGCUACCAGAUCUAUGUAUAUUUUUGAAUACACAGAACAAUAUUCUUAAUCAACACACUGCAGUUAGAGAUUGUGCAAAAAUGUUAAUACCAAGUAUAGGUAUUGUUGAUACAAAUUGUAAUCCUAACUUGAUAACAUAUCCAGUACCAGGAAAUGAUGAUACCCCAGUUGCUGUUGAGUUAUAUUGUAAAUUGUUUAAAGGAGCUAUUCAAAGGGGUAAGGAGGCAAGAUUAAAAUUUUUACAAGAAGCGGAAGAACAAGGAGCAUUUGCUUAG